AUGGCACCAAAUUUCUACGCCGGCCUGCUAAUGAUGAUCCACCAGAACAAGGAAAUAUACGAUAUUGCGCUUUCCUCCCCAUAUAAUCGUCUAAGUCCUCUAUUUGGAAUGUCUGGGUCUUUACCUCCGGACGUCAUAACCUUCGGGCCCGAUGCCACUUGCACGCUAGAUACCUGCCCGAUCGAAUGGACAGUUUACGGAUACCGGCCUUCUCUGGCCGCUAACAUCACCUUUAUGGUCCUCUUCGGCUUAGGGGGAGUUCUACACGCGAUUCUGGGGUUCAGAUGGAAGACAUGGUGGUUUAUGAGCUGCAUGAUCGUCUGUUCUAUCAACGCCUGCAUUGGGUAUGGUGGUCGUGUCUGGCUAUACUAUGAACCAUUCAGUUUCGAUGCGUUUCUAAUGCAGAUGAUUUGCAUCACAAUUGGUCCUGUGUGGUAUUGUGCUGCUACAUAUGUGAUCCUCGGCCAAACUACCACAUACUUUGCACCAUCUCUUAGCCGUGUGAAGCCAAUUUUCUUCUAUUUUGGCUUCGUUACCUGCGACAUCAUAUCCCUUGCAUUACAAGCUGCUGGGGGAGCUAUGUCGAGCACGUCCAGUGGAUCAAGCCAUAUUGGAAUCGACCUAGCUCUCGCAGGCUUAGCCUUCCAGGUCGCUACCAUUGUUACCUUCUGUAGUUUCCUUCUCGACUUCAUUAUUCGGUACUUCCGGUCCCCACAAGGACGCAAGGCAGUUACUACCAUCGGUCCUAGAUUGAAGAUCUUCUUUGGUUUCAUGUUCCUUGCCAUGCUCUUAACUGUCGUGAGAAGCGUGUAUCGCCUCGUUGAGCUGCAUGAGGGUUAUAGCGGCGAACUGAUUAGGGAGGAGGGUUUAUUUAUUGGUUUGGAAGGAGUGCUCGUUGUCGUGUCAUUCUACUGUUUAUCUAUAGGUCACCCCGGGUUAGUGUUUAAGAAGAGCACCAAGGGGAGCCUCGAAGCUGGUAGUGAGAACGACGUGGAAUUAUAA